AUGUUUUCAAGAACGCAACACGCUUUAUUGGUUUUGUGGUAUUUAGCGGUUCAGCAGCAGCAUGUAACAGAAUGUCGUGACAUUAUUUUGGAAGUCCAAAAUGUCACCUGCGAAAAGUAUACCAAUCAUUUGCGUUGCAUUGAAUGCCAUUUUGUGAAACUUGCCACCAACAGUUAUGGCAUAACCACACAAAUUAUUUUCGACAACGAUAUGGGUCGUAGCUUUAAAUCCCGCAUCUCUGUCGAUAUAAUGCCAAUAAAUUCGAAACAAAUUAUUCACAUGGCCGAUAUACGUUUCAAUGUGUGCGUUUUCCUCAAACAAAUGGUUAAUAAUCAAGUUAUCGAGGCUUUGUCGAAGGAAUUUAAACGUGUCGCCAAUCUACCACAAUCGUGUCCAUUUAAAAAGAAUGUCUUAUAUGAAUCGAAAAACUUCACACUGACUGAUAAAUAUGUACCAACGUAUUUGGCCUUAAUGAAUUUCACAUUUAAGGUGGAGCUUUUUAAUAAGAAUGUAAUUAUUGGUAUGUGGCAAAUCGAUGGUGGUACUCGUGCUAGAAAGAAUAAAAAUUAA